ACGUGGGGACGCAGGAUGGCGGCGGCAGUGGCGGACGAGGCGGUGGCGCGCGAUGUGCAGCGGUUGCUAGUGCAGUUCCAGGAUGAGGGCGGGCAGCUGCUGGGUUCCCCGUUCGACGUGCCCGUGGACAUCACCCCGGACAGGCUGCAGCUCGUGUGCAACGCGCUACUGGCCCAGGAGGAUCCCCUGCCACUGGCUUUCUUUGUCCACGAUGCUGAGAUCGUCUCCUCACUGGGGAAGACGUUGGAGUCCCAGGCAGUGGAGACAGAGAAGGUCCUAGACAUCAUCUACCAGCCACAGGCUAUCUUCAGAGUCCGGGCUGUGACUCGCUGCACUAGCUCCUUGGAGGGUCACAGUGAGGCAGUCAUUUCUGUGGCCUUCAGCCCCACGGGAAAGUACCUGGCCAGUGGCUCUGGAGACACCACCGUGCGCUUCUGGGAUCUCAGCACAGAGACACCACAUUUCACAUGCAAGGGACACAGACACUGGGUCCUUAGUAUAUCCUGGUCUCCAGAUGGCAAGAAGCUGGCCUCAGGCUGCAAGAAUGGCCAGAUUCUCCUCUGGGACCCAAGCACAGGGAAGCAGGUGGGCAGGACCCUCGCUGGCCACAGCAAGUGGAUCACAGGCCUGAGCUGGGAGCCCCUCCAUGCGAACCCUGAGUGCCGCUAUGUGGCCAGCAGCUCCAAGGAUGGCAGUGUGCGGAUCUGGGACACAACUGCAGGCCGCUGUGAGCGCAUCCUCACCGGGCACACCCAGUCGGUCACCUGUCUCCGGUGGGGAGGGGACGGGCUUCUCUACUCUGCCUCCCAGGACCGCACCAUCAAAGUCUGGAGAGCUCAUGACGGUGUGCUGUGCCGGACUCUGCAAGGCCACGGCCACUGGGUGAACACCAUGGCCCUCAGCACUGACUAUGCCCUGCGCACUGGGGCCUUUGAACCUGCUGAGGCCUCAGUUAAUCCCCAAGACCUCCAAGGAUCCUUGCAGAAGUUGAAGGAGAGGGCUCUGAGCCGAUACAACCUCGUGCGGGGCCAGGGUCCAGAGAGGCUGGUGUCUGGCUCCGACGACUUCACCUUAUUCCUGUGGUCCCCAGCAGAGGACAAAAAGCCUCUCACUCGGAUGACAGGACACCAAGCUCUCAUCAACCAGGUGCUCUUCUCUCCUGACUCCCGCAUCGUGGCUAGUGCCUCCUUUGACAAGUCCAUCAAGCUGUGGGAUGGCAGGACGGGCAAGUACCUGGCUUCCCUACGCGGCCACGUGGCUGCCGUGUACCAGAUUGCGUGGUCAGCUGACAGUCGGCUCCUGGUCAGUGGCAGCAGUGACAGCACACUGAAGGUGUGGGAUGUGAAGGCCCAGAAGCUGGCCAUGGACCUGCCCGGCCACGCGGAUGAGGUAUAUGCUGUUGACUGGAGUCCAGAUGGCCAGAGAGUGGCAAGUGGUGGGAAGGACAAAUGCCUCCGGAUAUGGAGGAGAUGAGACGGCCCGAAGUUCUCUCUGACCCCCACCUCGACUUGGCCUCUGCCAGCUGCCUUCCCUGCCAGAGAACAAAGGCUGAGAUGGCAGUGCACACACCCUCCCCACCAGUGGGGACCUGAGAAUGCAUGUGGCCUGCUGUCCUCGAUAGACCGGAAUGGGGUUUUCCCACAGAUCCCCGCCUGUGGCACACCCCAGAGCCAGAAAUCGAAGGUCACAGGAAGUUGUCACUGAACUUGGCCCGUGUCUGCUACUCUGUACCUUGCUGGUACAGACAGGGGUGGUGGGCAGCCAGGCUCUAUGAGUGGGCCCCUAGUGUCAGCUCUGUACAGGGUCAGAUCCCAGGUUCUAUGACCAAAUAAAUAACUUAAGUUU